GCACAUACCAGUUCUCUGGUUAUGCUUGUGUCCAUUAUGCCGACUGAUGCGUUUCCAUGGUCAGACCACAUCCUUUGAGCUUAACACAUAAAGACAAGUGUGCGCAUCGAGGUGGGUUUCAGUGCAUCUCACCGUCACAUCAAAGAGCGACAUAAGAUGUUCUGCCAGACGGAUUUCGCUGUUUUUUUCUCUUGCACGGUCCUCCUCCUUGUCCAGUCAUGUCAUGGCUCUGAGAUUAUAGGUGGGAAAGAGGUGCAGCCCCACUCGCUGCCUUACAUGGCUUUGCUGCAGGCCAACACACCAGCCUGUGGGGGGAUACUGAUCGAUCCAUCAUGGGUCCUCACUGCUGCCCACUGUAAAAACAUUAAGAAUGUGUUGCUGGGGGUUCACUCCAUCAAAGCAAAGGAAAAAGAUUCCAGGCAGGUCCGAAAGGUUAAGAAGAAUUUUCCUCAUCCCUACUAUGAUACAGCAGAUAAGGUCAACGACCUCAUGUUGCUCCAGCUUGACAAAUCGGUGAAGGAAACAAAGACAGUGAAAUGGCUCAAGUUGGGUAAAACCGUCAAAGACCCAGCAGCGGGCACCAGCUGUCUGGUGGCCGGAUGGGGGAAGACAAGCAAUGUCGUCCGGCAAAUGUCAGACAUCCUGAUGUCCGUCAACGUGACUGUGGUCGACAGAGUGACGUGCAACUCUGCUGAAUAUUACAACCACAGACCGGUUAUCACCAGCGGCAUGAUAUGUGCUGGCUCAGACGGCAAAAAGGCUGCUGAUACCUGUCAGGGUGAUUCAGGAGGCCCCCUGUUGUGCAGUGGAGCGCUGGUUGGUGUCACUUCUUUCGGACAUAAGUGUGGCCUGAUUAAAAAGCCCGGAGUGUACACUUUUCUAUCACAAAAACAACUCAACUGGAUCAAGAAGACAAUGAAGAAGUCUGAAAUAUAAUCAGCCCCCACUGUUAUUGGUUUCAUAUUUACAACCAUGUUAACCAAUUAAACCGCUUCUAUCUUUGGA